UCGACUCAUCCUCACGGACUACAAGACCUCAUCACCUAUCAAAAAUGAAAUCCUUCAUCGUAUUCGCUCUCUUCGUGGCCGCGGCCGUCGCCCUCCCCGCUGAGGACAGAGAAGCCACCAUCCUCAAAUACAACAUCAACAACAUUGGUGUUGACGGUUACGCUUACGAUUUAGAGACAUCCAACGGCAUCCAAGCCCAAGAACAGGCUGUGCUCAAGAACCAAGGAGCCGAGAAUGAGGCUAUAGAAGUCCGUGGACAGUUCUCUUACCCCGGUCCCGAUGGCGUCGUCUACACCGUCACCUACAUCGCCAACGAGAACGGUUUCCAGGCCACCGGCGCCCACCUUCCCCAACCUCCCCAAUAAACGACGACCUGAGCCUUCUUGAUAUCUAGUCCGAUCGACCAUCAAGUUGAAAUGUCGACUGAAGUUUUUUUUUAAUUUGUUGGGCUAUUGCACUAAGAUAGACAAUACAUGUUUUUUUGAUUCCACA